CGGAACUCUGCGGUGCGGAGCCGAGCGCUGCGGAGCAACUGCACCUACAACUGCAGUUGCGGCGGGGUUUCGGCGAACGGACCGCGCGCGGAUCGUCCUGCGCUCCGCUGGCUUCCAGCUGUGAGGUGUGUUAACAUGGGGAACCUUCUUAAAGUUUUGGCUUGCACAGACUUCGAGCAGGGACCCAACUUCUUUCUUGACUUUGAAAACGCACAGCCCACUGAAUCCGAGAGGGAAGUCUGGGACCAAGUGAACAUAGUCCUGAAGGACGCGCGGGGCAUCCUAGAAGACCUGCAGGCCUACCAAGGAGCUGGGGUAGAGAUCAGAGAGGCAAUCCAACACCCCAAUGAGGAGAGUUUGCAAGACAAGGCAUGGGAAGCGGUUGUGCCCUUGGUAGGAAUGCUCAAGAAGUUCUACGAGUUCUCCCAAAGGUUAGAGGUGGCACUGCAUGGCCUUCUGAGAGCCCUCACCUCCACUCCCGACAGUCCGACCCAACACCUGGAGCGGGAACAGGCCCUCGCCAAGCAGUUUGCUGAGAUCUUACACUUCACACUGCGCUUUGAUGAGCUCAAGAUGACGAACCCUGCCAUCCAGAACGACUUCAGCUACUACAGGAGGACUUUGAACCGCAUGCGUAUCAACAACAUCCCAGCGGAAGGUGAGUAUGAAGUGAAUAAUGAGCUGGCCAACCGGAUGUCUCUGUUUUACGCUGAGGCCGCACCCAUGCUGAAAACGUUAAGCGAUGCGACGACAAAGUUUGUAUCUGAAAACAAGAAUCUGCCAAUUGAGAACACAACAGACUGCCUAAGCACAAUGGCAUCCAUAUGCAAAGUUAUGCUGGAAACUCCGGAGUAUCGCAACCGCUUCGCCAGCGAAGAAACUGCCCCGUUCUGUCUGAGGGUGAUGGUGGGCGUCAUUAUCCUGUAUGACUACGUCCAUCCUGUUGGCGCAUUUGCCAAGUCCUCCAAAAUUGAUAUGAAGGGCUGUAUUAAAGUCCUCAAAGACCAACCUGCAAACAAUGUGGAAGGUCUUCUCAAUGCUCUCAGGUACACAACGAAACACCUGAACGACGAGACGGCCUCCAAGCAGAUUAAAACUCUUCUGCAGUAGCAGCUUCUCCACCUAAACGUCUUAGUUCUGGAGUUUGUGUUUCCAUUCAGUGUACAGA